CACACAUACAGUAGAGACCAGUAGAGCUACAGCACUCUGGGACCUACCAGCUGCCAGUACUAUAGGGAACUGCUCACCAACUAACUGCCAGCUGCUUACUUCUCAAUACCAUGAUCUUCUCAGAGGGCUGUUAAAGGAGUUUCACGUUGCCGGGUGCAUGACGUACUGAUACCAAAAGCAGAUAUCAAAGUAAUGCCAUCACAAGUAAUGGAGUUUGGCUGCACUGCCCAGGAAAACUCAUGAAAAUGUUUAACCAUGCUGUUUGUAUCUCUGCUGAACUGCUCUUCCUGUUGUAUCUCAGCUGCCUGCAAAUAUUCCCAACUUUGUCCCGCCCCAGCGGAGCUGACUACCUUCAAAGAGGCUGGCAAAGACUGUUGGAGGAAGGGGAGGGCUGCACGGACUGUAAUCCAGAAGAAUGCCCACUACCAAGGGGCUGUCUGGCUGGGGUUGUACGGGACCACUGUGACUGCUGUUUAGAAUGUGCAAAUUUGGAAGGGCAGAUUUGUGACUUGGACAACACCAACCACUUCUAUGGAAAAUGUGGUGAUAACUUAGAAUGUCAGCUUGACAUGGGGGACCUCAGGCAUGGAGAGGUCCCUGAACCUCAGUGCGUGUGUGUGUUUAACACAGCUGUCUGUGGAUCAGACGGUAAAACUUACUCCCAGCUGUGUAAAUUUAAAGAGGUGGCCAAUGCACACCCAGGAGCCAACCUUACAGUUGUACAUGACGGGCCCUGUGAAUCAGCACCUCAGAUCCUAUCUCCGCCAUAUGAUAUAUGGAAUAUUACCGGAAAGGAUGCCAUUUUUGGCUGUGAAGUCUUUGCCUAUCCAAUGGCCUCUAUAGAAUGGAGGAAAGAUGGAGCAGAAAUGCUACUUCCAGGAGAUGAUCCCCACAUUUCUGUCCAGUUUAGGGGAGGCCCGCAGAAGUAUGAAGUGACUGGAUGGCUGCAGAUUCAAUCCGUUCGUACUAGUGAUGAAGGAACGUACAAAUGCUUGGCCAAGAAUAAAAUCGGGGAAGUUAUGGCAGGAGCAACUCUCACGGUUAUUACUCCAGAUCAGCUGAACAUGACUGGCCUGUCUCUGCCCAAGCCUCGCGAUCAUUUAUUUGAAGAGGACGCCGACAGUGAGGAUUCAGAUUAUUACUGAAGCUUACUAACCCUAUUGACAUUAUUAUGUUACUUCUAAUGUAUAUUUCCAUUCAAAGUAAAAUGAAUAUUUAAAUGCAUCAAAGUUCUGGAUCGAGGUACAAAAAAAAAUAGCACUUUACAUUUUUGGACCAGCUUUUUCUAUAAGUAUUUGCAAGCUUUAUAAAUUGCCUGAAGGGUUUUGGGAUGUAUAAGUGCAGUGGCGUCAAAUCCGAGUUUCCAUUGCACACAGACAAGGGAUAUUCAUUCUUAUGUGGAACUGCCAUGGUAAAAUGUGUUUUAACUAUGUAUAUACCAAAUAAAAGAUUUUAAUAAAAUGCC